AUGCGCUUUGGGAUCCAAUGGCGUACCCUCCGCUCCAUGUUUGAUAUCCUGAUGAAGUCUAAGCACCGGGUGCGUACGGGAUUUGGAGAUUCAGACCGUGUCUUUACUCCUCCGACCCGGAUACCAUUUCAAGGAUGCGGACAAGGCAAUGGAGCAGGACCUCCAAUAUGGGUAGCAAUUAGCUUCAUUCUCUUGGGGAUGAUGAUCAGUAAGGGCUUUGGCUUUGACUUCCUGAUGUCGAUAUCUUGGGCCCCCGUCCUGGCCAAUUGCUUCUGUUUUGUGGAUGAUACUGACGUCUGCCAAGCUGCACCAUCUCCUGACCAGUCCGGGGAAUCUAUUGUCCCAGAGGUGGCCAAAGCACUGAAAUGGUGGUCUAACGGCGUCCGCCUUACUGGUGGUGCCAUCUGA